AUGGCGGAGCCAGCGCAAAAGAAGGCUCGCACUGCGCGCACCUUCCUUUUCUCCUCCGAGUCGGUAAACGAAGGCCACCCGGACAAGAUCUGCGACCAGGUCUCCGAUGCCGUCCUCGAUGCCUGCCUGAAGGUGGACCCCAAGAGCAAGGUGGCUUGUGAGACGGCCACCAAGGACAACAUGGUCAUGGUGGCUGGUGAGAUCACCACAGGGGCAAAGCUGGACUACGACAAGGUGGUGCGUGGAGUCGUUGCGCAGAUCGGCUUCGACAGCUUUGUGGAUGAUCUUUCCAGCGUGGACAGCAAGGGCCUGAGCCACAAGACCUGCGAGGUUCUGGUCCGCAUCAACAAGCAGAGCCCGGACAUUGCCGGCGGAGUGCAUGUCGGUAAGGACGAAAUGGAUGUGGGAGCUGGGGACCAGGGAAUCAUGUUCGGCUAUGCCAGCGAUGAGACUUCGGAUUGCAUGCCGCUGACCCACUCCAUGGCCACAAGGCUCGGCAAGACCCUGACAGAAGUGCGCAAGAGCGGCGAGUGCUGGUGGCUGCGACCUGACGGCAAGACGCAGGUGACGAUCGAGUACAUGCAGCACCCGGAUGGGUCUGUUGAGCCGAAGAAGAUCCACACUGUGGUGAUCUCCACCCAGCAUGCGGAGCCAUCCAAGGCCAAGCGCACCCAGGAAUGUGCUGGCUACACUGGUGCCGAGAUGGUCGCACCGAGCAUGGAGCAGAUGAACAAGGACAUUGAAGAAAAGGUUAUCAAGCGGACCCUUCAGUCGAUCAAACUGAAGAGCGGCCAGCCGGCCAUCAGCUUGUAUGGCAGCCACACACACCUGCACAUCAACCCUUCCGGCAAGUUCAUCAUCGGCGGGCCCCAGGGCGAUGCAGGCUUGACUGGUCGGAAGAUCAUCAUUGACACGUAUGGAGGCUAG